AUGAGACCGGCAUUGAUCCUCGUUUCGCUCCUCGCCUUCGUCUCCGCCAUCUCUGCUGUGCCAAUGGCCGUCGAUCAGAUGCCUCCGCCCGCGGGCGACACGGAGGAAGCUUCCACAGCGCUGGUCUCGACGCAGGACCAUCACACUCUAUCGAAACGACGUGUCGACCUCUACCGCGCCCAGUCAUGGUUCGACCAUCCUGUCACAGUGGCAAUGGGCGUGACGUUGACUGCGCUGGGCGCGUUUGGCAUAGCCGUGGGCCUCCAAAAGAUGGGCCAGGACAAGGCAUGCGAGUACGUGAAAAAGCAGCAACGAUACCUCCAGCACAAGUGGGACGAGCGACACCCAGACGGCUUCGUCCCCGUCGGCGGACAGCUCCGCCCCAUCAACGCCAUCUGCCAGAAGAAGCUCAUCGACCUCCACGACCAAGACGGCCCGACAAACUACUGA